AUAAUAAUAUGGCAGUCGUCGUCGUCUACGUUCUGACAUGUGAAAUACCUUCUCCCUGGAUCUCUCGGUGUGUAAGAUGUUGCGACUACAGGGUCACCACCACAGUAACAUGUCUUCGGGAUUCCUUCUUCGACAUCAGGUUGAGGAACGUACUGAACAGGGACUUGAAGGUUCAACCUACUCUGAGCUUCAUCGGCAUACACAUCUGCUUCUUCUUGAAGAAGCCAAGUUAAACUCACUUCUGAAGACGACGGUUGGCUAUAGCUAUAAUCUUGGCCCAUGAUUCCGUAACCUGAGAGAAUAAGAUGGAAAUUAAACAUCAAUACUAAAUCAAUCGAAGGAAAACAAAAUCGUAUUCAAAGCCUAAUCAAUUCGAAUCGUCAUCCCCAAAUCAUUCGAAACCCUAACUUCAAUCGAAAUAUCCCCAAAUCGAUUUAAAACUGAAAAGAAACCCUAAAUCUCGAGGAGAACAACAUCCGACCAAAACAAAUCCAUAAACGAACGAUAGGAGGCUUCGAUUUACCUUCGAUAUCACCAAGUCGUCUGUCGCCUCUUCGAUCGCCCGGAGCUUUUUUUUUUUAAUCUCCUUCGCGUUUAAUUUUUUUUUCCCUGAACCAAAUUCAUCCCGACAUCGAACCGGGGAAGGGAUGACACGUCGGUAAGGAUUCAAUCCUUCCAGCCUUCUAAUUAAGUUACGAUCCUUAAUAAACCGUACUUAAUUAAAUUUUUUUAAUUCUAUUUUUCCUAAAACCGCGAGCUAAGGACUCAAUAAACCGACCGUUGCGGUUGGUCUUAUCCACCCACCCACACACACAAUCACAAAAAAAAUGCUUUUGACUUAAAACUUCUUUAAAUUAACAAGAAAAUAAUUACAUAAUACAUACUUCAACGCACGUUAUACUACCACUUACGUGCGUCCAACGAAACAAAAAAAGAAAACAUUACAAAUUUUAAAUAAAUUAUUCAACUUCAUGCUAAACCUCACAUUGUCUCUCCUCCACCAUCUCCACCACCACCACCGUCAACACCCUCUCCGGAAACAAUGGGGGAAGAACAUUACCGUCAUCUCCUCCUCCUCCUCCUCAUUGUUUCCCUCUUCUUCAUCAAAACCCAUUCCUCCUUCACUCCUUCCGACAACUACCUCAUCAACUGCGGCUCCUCCGCCGAGACAAAACUCCCCGACGGUCGGACUUUCAAAUCCGACCAACAGUCUGUCUCCUUCCUACAAACAGAAGAAGACAUCAAAACCUCCGUCGACACCAUCCCCUCCUCCUCCGACACCCUCCCUUUAUACCUAACCGCCCGUAUCUUCCCCGGAAAAGCAACUUACUCCUUCUACAUCUCCCGCCCCGGCCGCCACUGGAUCCGCCUCCAUUUCUACCCUCUCCCUCACCCUCUCUACAACCUCACAGACUCCGUCUUCUCCGUCACCACCGACACAACCGUUCUCUUACACGACUUCUCCGCCACAAACCCUUCCUCCGUCGUGUUCAAAGAGUACCUCGUCUACGCCUCGGAGAAGCUCUCUUUGUAUUUCAAACCACAUAAAGGCUCCAUCGCUUUCAUCAACGCCGUGGAGAUCGUCUCCGUCCCCGACGAGCUUGUCCCUGACUCUGCCUCCUCUGUUCCGCAAUCUCCUGACUUCAAGGGCCUAAGCAGCUUCUCUCUCCAAGUCUCUCACCGGUUAAACAUCGGAGGAGACUUGGUCUCCUCCAAGAUCGACCCUCUCUCUCGCACGUGGCUCUCUGACAAACCCUACAACUCGUUCCCCGAAGGCUCUCGAAACGUCACCGUCGAUCCCAAGACGAUAACUUACCCUGAAGGGGGAGCCACGGAGCUCAUCGCUCCUAAUCCGGUUUACGCAUCGGCCAUGGAGAUGGCCGAUGCGCAAACCAGCGAGCCUAACUUCAACCUCUCGUGGAGCGCGAGCGUUGACUCUGGUCAUGAUUAUUUCAUCAGGCUUCACUUUUGUGACAUUGUGAGCAAGUCUCUUAACGAACUCGUCUUCAAUGUUUUCAUCAACAAGUUCAUCGCGAUCUCCGGACUCGAUCUUUCGACCAAGACCAACGCUCUAGGGACAGCUUAUUAUGCGGACUUCGUGCUCAACGCGUCCGCUAUCACCAAUGGGUCCAUCCUGGUUCAGGUCGGUCCGACGCCUAACCUACAAUCAGGUAAACCGAAUGCGAUUCUCAACGGUUUAGAGAUCAUGAAGCUGAACAACGCAGCCGGGAGUUUAGACGGGCUUUUCGGGGUCGAUGGGAAGUACAGAGGACCGAGUAUUGGGAUGUCGUCUAAGAAGCUAGCCAUUGCGGGUAUCGGGUUCGUCAUGGGCCUAACCGCUUUCUUCGGGGUUGUUGUCUUGCUUGUUAGAUGGCAGAGACGUCCUAAAGACUGGCAAAAACAGAACAGUUUCUCCUCGUGGUUGCUUCCUUUGCACGCAGGACACUCGAGUUACAUGUCGAGCAAGGGCGGGUCAACUACAUCGAGGAAAAUGAGUAUCUUCGGGUCGAAGAAAAGCAAAAGCAACGGGUUCUCUAGCUUCUUCUCAAACCAGGGUUUAGGUCGUUACUUCCCCUUCACGGAACUGCAAACCGCGACGCAGAACUUCGAUGAGAAGUCUGUGAUCGGUGUUGGAGGAUUCGGUAAAGUGUAUAUCGGAGAGAUCGACGGUGGGACGCAAGUGGCUAUCAAAAGAGGGAACCAGAGCUCAGAGCAAGGGAUCAACGAGUUUCAGACAGAGAUUCAGAUGCUGUCCAAACUCAGACACAGACAUUUGGUUUCACUUAUAGGUUUCUGCGAUGAAAAUAAAGAGAUGAUUCUUGUCUACGAGUACAUGUCAAACGGUCCUCUACGUGAUCAUUUAUACGGCUCUAAAGAAAACGACCCUAACCCUAUACCUACCUUGUCGUGGAAGCAACGUCUAGAGAUCUGCAUUGGCUCAGCGCGUGGACUCCAUUAUCUCCACACGGGUGCAGCGCAGGGGAUCAUCCACCGUGACGUCAAAACCACCAACAUUCUCUUGGACGAGAACCUUGUCGCUAAAGUCUCAGACUUUGGACUUUCCAAAGAUGCCCCUAUGGAGCAAGGGCAUGUAAGUACAGCAGUGAAGGGUAGUUUCGGGUAUUUAGAUCCUGAGUACUUCAGAAGACAGCAGCUCACUGACAAGUCAGAUGUUUACUCGUUCGGUGUGGUCUUAUUCGAGGUUCUAUGUGCAAGGCCUGUGAUAAACCCACAGUUACCUAGAGAGCAAGUUAACCUAGCAGAGUAUGCUAUGAACUUGCAUAGGAAAGGCAAGUUGGAGACAAUCAUUGACCCUAAGAUUGUCGGAACGAUUAGUAAAGGUUCCUUGAGGAAGUUUGUGGAGGCUGCAGAGAAGUGUUUGGCUGAGUAUGGUGUUGAUAGGCCUGGAAUGGGAGAUGUGUUGUGGAAUCUUGAGUAUGCUUUGCAGCUUCAAGAAGCUUCAGCUCAAGUUGAUUUGUCUGAAGAUAAGACUACUAUGAAUAUUCAGAUGGAGUUUUCCGGCGAGGAGAUGCAAUCUCCGCCGCAUCCUUUGCUGUGACAUCGCCGGUUUUUUAAGUGUGAUUCUUUGUUUGUUUGUUUAGCUUGGCUUUCAUAAAGAUGUAGGAUUCAAGAAAGCCUUUGGUUUGAUUGUUUUUUUUUUCUUUCUUAAUUGCAGUUUCAGUUUAUUUCUUUCCUUUGAUUUUAAGGAAAUGAGACAUUUUAAAAAUUUGUGAUUUUUCUUUAAAAGACAUGGGGUUGUCUUGUAGAUUAUGUUGUGUAUAAUUUUAUUUCAUCUUUUUUAUAA